UAAAACGCAGGCGGCGGUUCUUGCGCCGAGCGCAGUUCCGCGGAGGAGACGACUGGAGCAUCAUGCCGAGCCGCAGCUGCUCCCCACAACAGGCUCCCACUGAUGCGGAUCUUUCUUUUUUCACGUCGCAGAUUUUCACAAUGGGACAGUGAACUUUGAGGGAACCUUUUGCAGCUUUUGGAUACGGUGCUCACGCGUAAUUACGCACCAGAACGAGCUCCGGGCGCGCUGUUCCUGCACCUUUUCUGACAUGGAUCAGCCUCCCCAGAGCGCAGCCUUAUACCUGCUCAUGCUGUCUCUCGGGCUGCUGGUGGACAGGGGGAUCGGCCAGCACUACUACCUUCUCCGACCCAUCCCGAGCGACAGUCUGCCGCUGGUGGAGUUAAAAGAGGACCCGGACCCGGUGUUCGACCCGCGGGAGCGGGACCUGAACGAGACCGAGCUGAGGAGCAUCCUCGGGGACUUUGACAGCCGCUUUCUCUCCGUUUCUCCGCCCGCGGAGGACAAGCAGCAGCAGGGGAUGACAAGCAACGACGAGCUGGACUUGGACUUUGACGCGCUGCAGCAGAGCCAGAACCAGAAAGGCGGAAUCCUGCCCAAGGAGAUCCGCGCCGUGGACUUCGACUUCGUGCAGUUCGGGAGGAAACACAAGCCCAGCAAGAAGCUGAAGCGGCGGCUCCAGCAGUGGCUGUGGGCCUACUCCUUCUGCCCGGUGUCGUACACGUGGACCGACCUGGGGACGCGCUUCUGGCCGCGGUUCGUGCGCGCCGGCAGCUGCUCCAGUAAGAGGUCGUGCUCCGUGCCGGAGGGGAUGACGUGCAAACCCGCCAACUCCAGCCACCUGACGCUGCUCCGGUGGCGCUGCGUGCAGAGGAAGGGCGGGCUCAAGUGCGCCUGGAUCCCGGUGCAGUACCCGGUCAUCACCGACUGCAAAUGCUCCUGCUCCAGCUAGAGGAAAGGAAAAGACACUAUGGACGGAAAUGAUAAACUCCUUUUUAUAACUUUGAUUUGUUUCCAACUCCGGAGCGGAGGAAUGUAUUUUUCUGUAUAUGCGCUGUAAACGCCGAUGCUGGUUUUAUAUAUAUUUCCCCAUGUACAAAGUCAGUAUUAUUUGUAACCAGAGUCUACUUUAUUUGUGGAGAAUAUCUGUUUUUUUUAUAUAUUUUUUUGUAUUUAUGGAGAUGUUGGCGCGCGGGAGCCG